ACAAACAGUUACACACACCUAUAAAAAGAGGAAACAGUUGCAAAGGAACUAAGAAAUCACGUGAGUGUGGUUAAGUUAGGUCUUUCCUAUUUACUGUAAGGGGAAAAAUAAAUCCAUGGUCUUCUUUACAUUUUUAAAGUUUGGUAGAUACUGAAUCAUGUUAGCGUUUUUUCUCUUUUCUACCCUACUUUCUUUCGUACUUACCGAGCACGAGGAGCAGCUGUGGUCCUGCAAGUCCUCCGAUGCAACUAUUUCUUACACGUACUGCGAUAACAUAAAAUUCCCUAUUUCACUUCAUACUGAACCGUGCAUAUCAUUGAAAGGAACCAAUGGAUUUUUGCAUAUUUCCUACAUUCCAAGGAGAGACUUAAAAAAAUUAUAUUUCAAUCUCUUUAUAAAAAUCAACUCAAUGGAGUUGCCAAAGCGCAAAGAAGUUAUUUGCAGAGGAUCUGAUGACGAUUAUUCUAUUUGCAGAGCUCUGAAGGGAGAGACUGUGAAUACAUCAAUAUCAUUUUCCUUCAAGGGAAUACGAUUUCCUAAGGGUCAAUACAGAUGUAUUGCAGAAGCCAUUGCAGGGGAUAUUGAAGAAAAGCUAUUUUGUUUGAACUUUACCAUUGUUUACCGCCCUAAUUUCAAUUAGAA